CCUCAUCCCGCCCCACCCCACAAAAAUAUCUUCUUUCCUGCUCUCCUCCUCCACCCACCGCCGCCGGCCGCCGGCCGCCGGAGUUUGCUACCCCGGCAGGUGUUAACUACUCCUAGAUGAUACGGAGAUGGCGAGGGUAAGUUGAUUCGUCGGGGGCUCGAUUGGUGUUGCUAGGUUGUUGAAUUUCUCUCGGUUCGCUGGUUGGGUUGGGGAUCCAAUCCAAGCCAAGCCAUGGGGGAGGAGGCCGGCGGCUACGGUUUUGACUUCGGAGGAUAUGGUGGGUAUGAAGGGAGGGUGACCGAGUGGGAGACGGGGCUGCCGGGGUGCGACGAGCUGACCCCGCUGUCUCAGCCGCUGGUGCCGCCGGGGCUCGCCGCCGCGUUCCGCAUCCCGCCGGAGCCGGGGCGCACGCUUCUGGACGUGCACCGCGCGUCCUCCGCCACCGUGUCCCGCCUCCGCUCCGCCUCCUCGUCCCCCUCCUCCGGCAACGCCCCCGCCACCGGCGGCUCCUUCCCGUCCUUCCCCGGCAAGUCGUCGGCGGCCGGGGACGACAACAACAACAACAGCUCGGCCGAGUCGGCGGGGGAGAAGUCUGCGGCGGCGGCGACGAAGCGGGCGCGGCUGGUGUGGACGCCGCAGCUGCACAAGCGGUUCGUGGAGGUGGUGGCGCACCUGGGGAUCAAGAGCGCCGUGCCCAAGACCAUCAUGCAGCUGAUGAACGUGGAGGGGCUCACCCGCGAGAACGUCGCCAGCCACCUCCAGAAGUACCGCCUCUACGUCAAGCGGAUGCAGGGCCUCUCCAACGAGGGGCCCUCCGCCUCCGACCACAUCUUCGCCUCCACCCCCGUCCCCCACAGCCUCCGCGAGCCGCAGGUCCCCGUCCCUCACGCCGCCGCCAUGGCCCCCGCCAUGUACCACCACCACCCGGCCCCCAUGGGCGGCGUCGCCGCCGGCCACGGCGGCUACUACCAGCAGCAGCACAGCGCCCACGCCGUCUACAACGGCUACGGCGGCGGCGUCUCCUCCUACCCGCACUACCACCACGGCGACCAGUGAUCGAUCCCUCCCGGAAUUCAGUCCACGGAUGCUCUGCUCUCUGCUCAUCAGUCAGGUAACAGAUGUCGUAAUUGUAACCUGUAAUCAGUCAGUCAGUCAGUCCAUGAUCCAUCAUCACCAGUGUAGCGUAGAUGUGCGUGUGUGUGUGUCGAUCAGUCAAUCAGUUCACGGCUGCGGCCGCGCAUAAUUGUUAAGAAGAAGAAGAAGAUUAAUUAACAAGGGGAGCUGAAGUGAAGCUGCACCCAUGGUAAGAAGAAGACUAGCAAUAAGAAGAACAGAGUUGCAGAGAGUGUGUGCUCUGUUUUAUGUAUGUAUUGUGAUACUACUGCUGCUGUAACUUCAAAAUCUUGGCCUGCUGCCCCCAUUUUGGGCAGUGGCAAGAUCAUAAUAUGAAGCCCAACAAGGGAAUUAGGAUUGUGAUCU